CCCAGCACCUUACAUUUACCCGCAGCACCUAUAAGCAUGAACUACCUGUUUGGAUACGGAGAGACGCCCGCGGUGGAGGAGCAAAUCAAGCCCGAGGCGCCCGCGUACGCCACCCCCGACGACGUGGACUUCGAGGCCUACGGCAAGGAGAACAUCCAGAUCCUGCUGGACCGCCACACGGGCGCCGACAAGGUCACGACCUGGGAGGUCGUGGAGGACUCGGAGGACGUCAAGAUCUGGCGCGGCGCCGUCGAGGACUGCGACUGGUGCCCGUUCCGCGCCGCGGGCCGCGUCGACGCCGACAAGCGCGUCAUCGAGCAGGUGCUGCUGGACCCGAACCGCACGCUGGAGCUGGACGAGAUGAUGGAGGGCGUCGUGACGCUGCGCGACAUCGGCGAGUCUAACCACUUGGCCUUCCGCCAGAUCACCAGCAAGGGCCAGUUCCCCAUCUACGGCCGCGAGUUCGUGGUGGUCACGUACGGCACGACGCUCGAGGACGGCCGCGUGGUCAUCGCCACGCGCUCCAUCAACGUUAGCAGCGUCGCGCCCCUAGACGGCUACGUGCGCGCCAACAACUACAUCUCCGGCUACAUCAUUGAGGAGUUCAAGGAGGACGACGGCAAGGUCUACUGCAUCGUGACCCUCCUUGCACACGCCGACCUGGCUGGCUACAUCCCACCCAGCAUCAUCAACAUGCUGGGUACGUCCUCUACGGUGAAGGUGCUCGAGAACUUGGAGACCAUCGUGACCGCCAAUCAAUGCGUGGGAGACUUAAUAAAGGCGGCGAUCAAGGAGGACAACCCUAAUUCGGUUCAAUGUGACGCCAAGGACCUGCAGCUCUUCCUGGCGAAGAAGGAUGGCAACGCGUGGGUGAAGGACGACGAUCCUGUCGCUGAGCAGCUGGAAGAAGGGGAGAUCGAGGGAUGA